UAAAUUAAAAAAGUAUAUAUACUAGUGUAUACAUUUAUUAAAUAUUCAUUCGUUUGAAGAACAUUGUUGAAGGACAAUAAAAAUGAAAUUUUUGUGUCUUACUGUUAGUGCCUUUGUGGCUCUCACCAUAACUGAAGCUAAUUUACUGGAAAAUGAAAAUGAACGUCUAAACGGCCAAUUGAACCAAAAAUAUAACGAUGGACUUUUAAACUUUAGCAAUAAAAACUGGUACAACCAACGUCGUAAUCAAAAAUAUAAUGUUGACAACAGCCUCAAACCUGAACACAAUAUGCGAACCGGUCAAUUGUUUCACGAACAACUAAAUCAACAAAGAAAACACCAACAACACUCUGGAUUUACCUCUGAUGUAAGCUCCGGAUCAAUGUCAUACGAAUCCAACUCUAAAGAAGAAUUCGUGCAAAUGACAGAAACUAAUCAAAAUGAAGUUAUUCUUAUUGGAACCACCUGUGCCAAAAAAAUGAUAAAAUUCUUUAACAUUGUUAAAAUAAACAUCAACAGCAACGGUCAAAUCCAAAACCGUUGGUCUAACGAACCCGUCGAAUUACAACAAGUCACCGUACCUUUACCAAACCAUCAAUUCUUGAACAUGAACGAAAACAAAAUCAACGGUCUUCACCAAGGAACCAUCAAGUCCAUAAAACUGAACACUGAAAAUAACUACGUCGAUGUUGACUACCAUUUCGACGACUUGUUAGUUAACGGAAAUCUUAAAACUAACAACGGUCAAAGAGAAAGAUUCCAAGUUAAAAUGUUGAACACCGAUGUCACUGUUUCAACUGAAUUGUACAACAAGAAUCUCAAGACCGUUGACACCUUCAACGAAAAAUUGGAAAUGAGCAUGGAAAAUUCAUCUUUGUUGGAAAGAGAACAAAUCUUGAACGAAAACACCGAAGCUUUGUACUUGCGUCACUUGAAGAGAACCAUAGAAAACCAAAUGGUAGAAAACACAUACAACGGUAUGAUUGAAAAUAUGAUCAUAGAAGCACAAAAAGAAAUCAUAUUCCCCUUGGAAACCAAAAAUUUGGAAAUUCUCAACAAGAUAUCUGGUCUCAAGAUUUAUCUUGUUGGACCUAAAAAUUGGAGAGAAAUUGAGUCUAAUAUUGCUAAAAAAAUUUCAUCUGUUACUGUUCGACCAAUCAAAUCAGGAAACGGAUUUAGAGUUAAGGUCAACAUUGUUUUAGCCAAACAACCAUCAUGGGAAAGCGAUAUCAAAGUUCAAAAAGGUGAACAACAAACCACCUUCAGAAACGUUCAAUUCCAAGCCAACGAAAUCGUUGCCACGGCUACAAUGGAGGGAGUCAAACAAUUUAUGGGAGAACUUCAAUUCCGCGUUGUUGAUGUCAAUGUCAUCUUCGAUGGUCUCACUUUUAUUGUAUCUGAAAACCAUACUUUGUCUACUGAAGUUCAAAAUAACCUUAAAAAUAUGAUGGAGACUUUCAUGCGUAAUGUUAUUAAGGAACAAUUGAUAAAUGAACAUAUACAUAACGCUACUCAUUAAUUGUUCAAAGACUAAAAAAUAUUUUAAGACUUUAAGAAAUGCAAUUUAUAUUAAAUUAUAAUUUCAUGAUAUAUAAUAUAUUUAAUUACAAAAAUGUUAUUUUUAUUCAAUUUUGUAUUAAUAUAUUACUUCUGAAGUUUAAAAAUAUAAAUAAAUAGAUCCUGAAUGAUAUAUUAUA